AUGACCUCCAAAGAAGACGCAAAGGGCGCCUCAGUUGAGGAUCGAAGGCGCAGUCCGUUGGACCAUCUUCCUCCCCCUGCUAACUCAAACAAGCCCCUCACCCCUUUCAGCAUAGAGGAUAUUUUAAACAAACCUUCCGUCAAACGAAGUUACACAAUUUGCGGUACAGCGCACCUGCUUUCGUCCGGCGAGAAGCACCCAUCCACGGGCCAUCACCGUGCGCUACUCACCCAGACAUCUCCACUGUGCGCCCUGGAGGAGCUCGCCAGCAAAACCUUCAAGGGACUGGAAGUCAGCGUUCUGCAAGCGGCAGAAGGAAGAGACGGCAUGACACUAUUCGGUCAGAGGAAUACCCCCAAAAAGCGGAGAAAGUCGAGAACAGCCUUUACCAAUCACCAAAUCUAUGAACUGGAGAAAAGAUUUCUCUAUCAGAAAUAUCUGUCUCCUGCUGAUCGGGAUCAGAUUGCCCAGCAACUCGGGCUAACGAAUGCUCAAGUCAUCACCUGGUUCCAGAACCGUCGAGCCAAACUCAAAAGAGACCUGGAGGAGAUGAAAGCGGACGUGGAGUCGGCCAAAACAGUAGGCAAUGUACCUUAUGAAAAAUUAGCCAAACUGGCAGACCUAGAGAAAUGCGCCAACGGCACUCUCGGAAAUUCAGUGGCCAAAUCUCCAACGCGAUCUAACCAGGAGCACGAGGGCACCAACAAACUGCACAUGUCGCCAUCAUCGCCAUUUACGGACCACACGACAAGCAAAGACUGUUCAGAGGAUGAAGACGAGGAAAUUGAUGUCGAUGACUGA